CUUCAAGAUCGAAUUCAAAACCUUCAGGUUCCUCGUUGGACGUGAUCUCAACAUCAAUAUGGUCAACGUUCAAUCAAUCCUUGCAGUUGCCAGUAUUGCAAUUGCUGCCGUCAAUGCAAUUCCAACUAUCACAGUCAAAGGCGCAAAGUUCUUUGCAGGUGGCCAGCAAUUCUUCCUCAAAGGCGUGGCAUACCAAGGUACCCCAGAUGAUCCUCUCGUCGAUAUUAAACAAUGCAAUCUCGAUGCAACUUCCAUGGCUGCCAUCGGCACAAACUCAAUCCGCGUCUAUCAUGUCAACCCGUAUGCAAAUCACGACGGCUGCAUGGAGAUCUUUUCCAAGCAUGGUAUCUAUGUCUGGCUCGAUCUGGACACCUUCAAUACCAGCAUUCAGCAAACCAGCCCGACCUGGAAUGCUGAUCAAUUUGUCUCCUUCACCAAAGUAAUGGAUGUCUUUCAAGCCUAUGAUAACCUUGCGGGCUUCUGGAUUGGAAACGAGAUCAUCAACACCAUUGCCGGCUCUCCCAGUGCACCUUACAUCAAGGCUGCUGUUGCGGACAUGAAGUCGUACUUAGCUGUCAAGAAAUACCGACAAAUCCCGGUUGGCUAUUCCGCAGCUGAUAUCGCUGAACUUCGACCUGCAUUGCAGAACUACCUCGCAUGCGGCGACGACCAGAAGCAAUCGAUUGAUUUCUUCGGCCUCAAUUCCUACGAGUGGUGCGGACAAGCCACAUACGAAACUUCCGGCUACUCCAAUCUUCAAGCCAUGGCUCAAGGAUACAAUAUCCCGAUCUUUUUCUCCGAGACCGGCUGCAACGUGGGAGGUGAACGGACGUUUGCAGACCAAGCCGCGAUCUUCGGUCCUAAUAUGGUGCAUACAUGGUCCGGAUCCAUCGUCUAUGAAUGGGUUCAAGAGGCCAACAACUACGGUCUUGUGACUUACGGCAAUGGAAAAAUCUACCAAGGUCAAGCUCCAGUGCCCAUACAGCCAGAUUACAACAACCUGAUGGGUCAGUGGAAGGACAUAGCUCCUUCUGGUGUCGCAAAAGCUGCAUACGCUCCUUCUCACUCUGCCCCUGCAUGUCCCGCAAGUACUGCCGGAAGAUGGUUGGUCAAUGGCAACCCACCGCUUCCAACCCUGGGCUCAGCAAUCAUCAAUGCAGCUGCUCAAAAUACCCCGGCUCCAAUGGCUCCAGCUUUAGCGGCACAGACUUCGGUGGCACCAACAUCAACAGCGUCAACCUCAGCAACUGCCCCCUUUUCUCUCAGCACGGCCUCCCAUGGGACGACUAUGCAUACAAGUACAACAAGCACGGCUCCUACAGCGACAAAGACAAAUAAUUCGGGUGGAAAGCUGACCGUGGGAGUCUACGAGCGACCCCUAUUUGCGUUGUUGCUUUUGUACAAUGUUUUUGUCUGAUUCCGAUCUCUGCGUGCAUGGGUUUUCGAACUGAGGAAGGGAUCAAUGGACAGGGACGCAUUAAUAGAAAUGGAGCGUGUAUCUCCUAUUUUACGGCUAAAGAGAGAGAGGAGCAUAAUGUAAUACCGAGAAAGAGAUGAGC